AUGACUUUGGGGUUAAUCAAUGCGAACGCAGUGGUUCACGCCGUAUGGGAUAUAAGAGAUCCGGAGCAUCCGUAUUCUUUAGAACAGCUCAGUGUUCUUUCGGAGGAGUCCAUCACUGUCGAUGAGAAGCUUGGGCGCAUUUUUCCAUCUGUUGAGGCAACACUCAAUGUCACGAAUGUUGCCCUACUAGCUAAUACUAGUUUUCACUACCACUUGCCAGUUCUUUCCAUGACGCUUGCUCGACCUAGUACAGAUGCACUGACCAUCGGUAUACCUGAACUUGCAUGUGUCAUCUCAGCGGUCAUGCUGACUAGUUGCUAUCACUGUGAUCAUUUUGUCUCCAUGUAUUGCUGA